AUGAAAGCGAUUUUACAGCGGGUCUUGUCAGCCAGUGUGACCGUGGAAAAGGAGGUCGUGUCCUCCAUUGGCAAGGGCGUUUUAGUCUUUGCCGCCGUGGCUCCGGGAGACACCGAGAAGGAGGCUGAUUCUCUUGCCAACAAGAUCUUGAAGAUGAGGUUGUGGGAUGACGAGAAAGGUGGCAGAUGGAAACACAGUGUGCAAGACAUUGGUGGUGAGGUUCUUUGCGUCUCCCAGUUUACCCUGUUAGCAUCCACAAAGAAGGGCAGUAAACCUGAUUUUCAUGGUGCCGCUGGCGGCGAUGAGGCCAAGAGACUCUACCAGUACUUCUUUGAUAAGGUGCAGAAAGGUUACCAAUCAAAUAAGGUAAAGGACGGUGUUUUCCAAGCAAUGAUGGAGGUUGCACUCGUCAAUGACGGCCCGGUAACACUAGAACUUAAUGCCAACCCACCGCCACCUCCACCAGCGAAAUGA